AUGCAACCAGUCGAUGAAGGUGUGUCUGCGGACAUUGAUUUGGCGCCGAGCGGCACAACACCAGUGCAUCGCCGCGGUCACGAGCCCCCUGGGUGGGCGAGGCCAAGUCGUCGCCAUCGCCGUCUUGCUCCUCUCUCUCGGUCGGACCACGAAUCGCAGCGAGCCCAGGUGAGCUGUGGAUAUGCAGCGCAGAGGACGCCGGUGCACACGCAGACCUGGCUGGGCUGCAGCCGAUGGGGCAUAUUCCAGGGCCAGGGCGAUGUCGUGUGGAUGUUUCUGCCAUCGCACUGCAUCGGGGACAACUCCCAGACCUCGCCUGCCUCUGGACACCCACUUCCUCCGACAGCGGCACUGGGAAGCACCUUGCUGUCGAUGCUGUUGGUCGCAGGCGAAGCCAGCACGGCCCCUUGGUCCUUGGAUACAGGGCGGCGUCGUGCCGGCGAUGUUGGUGGCGGAUUCCAAGACACCAUCGCGCCGAUAUCCUCUGCGGCUCAUCCUUGCCUCAACCACGACUGACCCGGUCUGCCCUCACUGUCUGCUCUCCUCGUCCCUCCUCCGCAUUCCUCACUCGCAGUGGCAUUCCCUGAACUUUGUCCCCGUCCCUGGCUCCUGUUCCUUUGCGAUUCCUUUGUCGCAUUCCGUCUCGCUCGCUUCGUUUUCGCCGCCACUGCCUCGUCCCUGCAUCGUUCGUGCUGUCGUCGACAUGCCUGCUCUCCACCAGCCCGUCCCUGACUCCACCUCGGAGCAGACUCCUCUCCUGCGCACCCGGUCCGCCCGCGAGGAUGUGGAUGAUCCCACCCGAGCCAGCAACAGAUCCGUGGUUCUGAAACUCGUGGCGAUUCUGUUGCCCGUUGUCCUGGUCGUCUCGCUGUCGCUGGUAUACUUUGUCUACAUCCCGGUCAAGAUGGAAGAGGCCGCAAACCGACCCAACAGCACUGUCCUCCACGAGCUCUCGAUCCUGUCGCUGAAUCCAAACAAGUCCGUGAGCAUCUUUAUCAACACCACGGCGCUGUUCCCCGACGACGACCUGCCCUUGGUUCUUGUUUCGAUGCAGUCGUCGCGCGAAUACUUUAUGAAGCUCGGCAAGGAGCCCCACAGCGGAUGGGCCGACAGUGACGGCUACUCGGCACAGGCUGGCAAGUGGAACCAAGACUACACUUUCAACACCACGCUCCUGGCUUCGGUGGUCGUUCCAACGGUCGUAACGCCGCCCGGGGCUCACAAUGUCACCGCCGCCUUUGUCUCGGUGGUCGAGCAGCUCAACCUCGACUAUUACGCCGAUUUGCUGCACAAGCUGAUGAAGCAUGAGCCGCUCGAGAACUUUACGUUCCGCACGCUCUCGAUCCCCUCGAUGGUGAUUCCCUGGCUCGGAAGCUGGAAGAUCCCUGUCACCCAGGACAUUGCCGUCUCGCCUGACGAGCCCCUCGAUACAUCCGUCUUCAACGUCACCACCGACAGCUACUCGUACGGCACCGACCCAAGCAACCCCCUCAAAUACGUCGCAAACGCCAACCUGUCAUUCACCAACCCCUAUCCGGUGACCCUCAAGGCGCAAAGCCUGAGCUACCAUUUCAGCAUCUACUACGAAGAGGUCGAGAUUCUGCGUGGUGCGCUUCCUUCGUCGACACAUGUCGACCAGGGCCGCAACCACGGCUUUGGCGUCGAGUUUGAGAGCGUUGUCUCGGGUACGGGAAAGCUGAUGGAGGUCUUUGGACGGUUUGCCGAGGGCGAAGACACCGACUUGGUCGUUGGCAACUUGCAUCUUGGCUACCACUAUGGCCGCAAGAAGCUGGGCUGGGUCGAGAAGCUCAUCGGCGACCUGCGCUUCGAUUUUGUGCUGCCUGGAGCGCAGGACGAGGGCGACGACUUGAAGACGCUUCCCGUGGCGACGACAUGGGCAAAGGUGGUCAGAGCGCUCCUGACAAGAUCAUAAGCCCCAGGAGGCCCUCUCGAUUUGGAUCGAGUGUGC